ACGCAUUGAUUAAAGAAGUGCUAAUUGAAGAAAGAGCUGGCGCUAACAGCUUUGUUAAAGAUUCUUACAGCAUAAAAUGGACUUUCGCUAAUGAACUGGAUCUAAUUUUUGUGGUAAAUGUCAAAUGCAAAAAAGAACUUUUGGCGACCAUAAAAAAAUUCUUCUGCGAAAAAUUUGCAGAAUUUAUUCGAGAUACAACUAGACUUCAUAAAUACGCUUUUGAUGAUGAUUUCGACUCGAUUCUAAGUACACUCGAAGAAAAAAACGCCAAGCCACCUAUUAACCCAACAAUCAGCGAGGAAGAAAUUGCACGUAAUAUUGAGGCAGUUCGUGGUGGAGGAAAGCCUAUUCGAGGCCGUGGCAAUCGAAAUAAAAAAUCGGGAAAUACUAGAUCAGCUCCAAAUGAAGAAAUGGAAAGUCUUGAUUAUAGUAGUCCAAAUGAAAAUAUUGAUACGACAUCAGCUAUACGUCAGAAUCUUGUUGAUGAAAAUAAUUUAGGACAUCGCUCUCAAGAUGGGUCUAGAAUUUUUUCAUUUUUCCAAAACAUCACCGGUCAAAAGGAGAUCACAGAAGAAGAUCUUACUCUUGUGUUGGCAAACAUGAAAGAACAUUUAAUUAAAAAGAAUGUUGCGGCUGAUAUCGCUACGCAUUUGUGUGAUUCAGUCUCAAGAACUCUUGUAGGUCAAAAAAUUGGAACAAUUCGGUCAACUGUGAAGCAAUCCAUGGAAUCAGCGGUAAAACGUAUUUUGACUCCAAAGACAUCCGUGGAUUUGUUACGUGAUAUUUCGCAAGCUCAAUCUGAAUCACGUCCCUACACUAUUUGCUUUAUUGGUGUGAAUGGUGUUGGCUGCGAUACUUUUAGGUCUGGUUCUGUGGAACAAUUGAAAGUACAUGUUAGAAAUUUAAACACUUUAGGGCAAAAUUCGGUUGUUGAAUUAUAUGAACGCGGGUAUGGAAAAGAUGCUGCAGGAAUCGCCAAAGAUGCCAUUAAUUUCGCUAAGGCAAAUGGAUUUGAUGUUGUAUUGAUUGAUACUGCCGGUCGUAUGCAGGACAAUGAGCCGUUAAUGCGUGCUCUGGCUAAGUUAGUAACAGUAAAUAACCCGGAUAAAAUAAUAUUUGUUGGUGAAGCACUAGUUGGUAACGAAGCAGUUGAUCAGCUUACGAAAUUCAAUCAGGCUUUGAAAGAUUUUUCAGGAUUACAAAAUCCAAGGCAUAUUGAUGGAAUUAUAUUAACUAAAUUUGAUACAAUUGAUGAUAAGUGGACCUGCAACAUUUGUGUUUUCGACGACAGCGGAUGUUCUUACAUACCUUUGAAUUGGAGACUAAAAUUCCAUCCUAACGGCAAUAGUGAAAGUUCCCAAAACAGCAUCAGCUGUUAUCUAGAAACUAUAUUUCCGAUUGACGCACAACCUUCUUCAAGAAUUAACGUGAAUUUUUAUAUUGGUUUUUAUGUUCCUGUUCAACAAGGGGAAAACCGGGUCUUGAGAUUAGUAAAACGUCGUAGUGAACGUCAUGAAUUUUUGAAGGUAAAACCGGCUUGGGGAUGGCCAAGUUUUUGUUCAAAAGCGGUUCUAAACUGUGAAGGAAAUAACAAUGCUAAUAGUACAGAAGAACCUGAAAUACUAUUACCAGAGAUGAUUCAGCGAACAGGAAGUGUUUUAGAAGAUGAUACUCUUGUUGUUCAUGUUGUGAUAAUCACGCCAAAUCCAUCCGGUGUGCCAGACGAAUUAGAGGAAUCGAUGGCACGAUUAACAUUAAAUUCACGAACAGCUUGGACAGCGUUUUCACAGACUUUAAAUACACCAAAUUUUAGUGAUAUCAAAUUCUUGGUUGAAGGACGAACAAUUCUUGCACAUCAGGUUAUAUUGGCGGAAAGAUCUCAUUACUUCAAGACAUUGAUAAAAAAUGACUGGACACAAGAAAUUAAAGAAUCAAAGCCAGUGCAUAUUCAGGAUGUAGAUUAUAAUACAUUUUAUUAUGUUUUACAUUACUUAUAUUCUGGUACUUUACUAGAAAUUACGGGAGACACGGUUUCCACUAAAAUUACACAGCUUAAAAAAAUAUUCAUCGACGCGGAAAUGCGUAAAACACUUGAAGUAGACGCAAUACAUGAGCUUGUUGAAGUUGUCAUUUCGGAAUUAAUUAACUUGAUAAAUAUGAACACUUGGGAUAAUCUGCUUUUAUUCGCUUGGGAACGUGACCUUGUGCGUUUACGGAAAGCAGUUUACCGGUUUGCUAAACGAAACUGGAUUGAGCUUCGUGAAAGUGAAUCUUUUAAGAAUAUACUACGAGACGCAAACGUCGAUGUGGUAGAAGAUCUCAUUACAUCGGUCAAGACAUGA